AUGUGUGCGAAAUCUGAAAACUCAGUAAGAGAUAUAAUAAUAGAUUGUUUAACCCAGCAAUUAAGUGAAUUUGAGCUUUUGAAAUCUAUGUAUUCAAUAGACAGUGAAAUAGUAUUAACUGACAAUACUUCAAUCGACAAUAUGAGGACCUUUUUGAAAAAUGAAUCUGAAUAUACACCAAACCAUUUAGAUUUUAUUAUUAAUAUCUUGGUUAGUGGUAUGAAAUUAGAAAUAUGUAUAAAUUUACCCACAUUGUACCCAAAUGAAGAGCCAGAUAUUUAUGUAAGGUGUAAUAAAUUUAACCGAUAUCAAGAAUCUAAAAUAAAUUCAGAUUUAUCUCAUUAUAUUAAGAGUAAUCAUCUGGGUGAAGUAUGCAUAUAUACAGCAAUAUCCUGGCUGCAAGACAAUACGGAUGCUUAUCAAGAGAAAAAUGAAGACAAUGAUUUUAAUGAAAAAGCUGAUGAACUAAAUUUAAAUGAAAAUAAAUUUUUAAGAAUGUGGAUAUAUUCACAUCAUAUUUAUAACACCAAAAAACGUGAUGAAAUAGUAAAAAAGGCAAAAGAGUUAAAAUUAACAGGGUUUUGUAUGCCUGGCAAACCUGGUAUUGUAUGCAUCGAGGGCAUAGACUCUUCUUGUAAUGAAUGGUGGAAAGACAUUAAAUCAAUGAACUGGAAAAAAAUAACAAUAAAAAAAACAGAACUGUUUGAUAUAGCUGAACAAAAAUUGCAACAGAAAUUUUAUAACUUUGAGGAAUUGUUUUUUAAGCAUUCCUCAAAUAAGAUGAGUAAACAUUGUGAUAUGGGUGAAUUCUCUAAAUUUAUGGAAAAACAUGGGUUGAGUCAAGUAUUCAAAGAUAUCUUUGGUUUUGAUAACCACAACUGA